UUUAAAUUUCGCGCUUAACAAAAACAACUAUUAUAAAACAAUUGAAAGAAGUAUUUAAUUUCUUAAAAACACAGCUAUCAAGUAAUAAAAGCAAACUCACUGCUGCGUUGCACAGGCGUUACAUUAACAAUCUUGUUUCCCGAACCCUUUUGACAAUGAAUGCAGUUUCUCGGGAAAGCGCAGAACUAGGUCAAUGUCUGGAUAGCCUACAUUGACCUAUUUAUCCUUUGUCCUUAAAAUUUUCUGCUCAUGCGUUACCAGGUUACCACGCUACCAUUUUUUCUUUCGUUUUCGUUUUAAGCAGGAAGAAUGGAACCUUAAUAGAACAUCACUGGUCUUAUGUUAGUUAUACGGACAUUUACUAGAAGCACUUUUGAUGACUGCUUUGUUUAUUUCAUAUUGUUAUAAAAAGCUUAAUUCAUAAUAUUACAUUCUAAUAAUAAUGUUUGCUAACUUUGCUUUUUAUUAUUUGUAAUGUAAGCAACAUACGAAAUAAUAACAACAAAACCUCCCGUUUUUGAAUGCUCCUGAUAAAUAAUUUAUUUUAUGAUUAAUUAGAUAAAUAAUCAGUCAUUAAUUUUUUAUCUUAGUGGACUCGUAGUAGCUAUGGCUUGCUCGUCUAUUAAUAAGGCAGUUAACCACUAUUAACGUACGAAUUGCUAUAAGCUACCACUAGCUAACACUUUUUUAAAAAUAAAAAAUCAAAAAUGAAAAAAUCUGAAGAGAUUAAUCAAGAAAAUGAGGAACGUAUAAAAGAAGGCACUGCUAGUAUUACAACUUUUGGAAGUGUUUUUUAUAAUCCAGUACAAGAAUUUAAUCGUGAUUUAAGUAUAUCAGUUAUUAAUGUUUACAUUCAACAAAUUUUGAAUACUAAAAAUUCAAUUACCAAAGAAGGGAACCCUUCAUUAGUUGAAAAUAAAAGUGAAGUGGAACCUGAUAUAACAAUUUUAGAGGCCUUGGCUGCGUCAGGCCUAAGGAGCAUACGAUAUGCAAGAGAGUUAGAUGGCAAUAAAAAGAUUAUUGCAAAUGAUAUAUCCAAAAAAGCAGUUGAAUCAAUGGAAAGUAAUAUUAAUGGUAACAAUGUGGCAAAUAUUGUUGAAACAAGUCACAGUGAUGCAAUAUUAUUAAUGCAUAAACAUAAACAAAAAGGAAAACAGUUUGAUAUUAUUGAUUUGGAUCCUUAUGGUUGUCCUUCAAUAUUUUUGGACUCUGCAGUACAGGCUGUAAAAGACAAUGGUUUAUUACUUGUUACUGCCACUGACAUGGCCAUAUUGGCUGGAAACAGCCCUGAAACAUGUUAUGCAAAAUAUGGAUCUGUCUCACUGAAAAUUAAAAGUUGUCAUGAAAUGGCAUUACGAAUUCUGUUACAAUGUAUAGAAUCACAUGCAAAUAGAUAUGGAAGGUACAUAGAACCAGUCUUAUCUCUAUCAGCAGAUUUUUACAUUAGAGUUUUUGUUAAAGUUUUUUCUGGUGCUAACAAAUGUAAAAGAACAACUAGCAAAUUAUCAAUGGUCUAUCAUUGUACAGGAUGUGGUACUUUUGUCUUACAACCCUUGGGAGAAAUAAGAACAAAUAACAAAAAUGAGCAGGUGAAAUUUGGUCUACCAACUGUUUCUGUGGCAAUGCCUUUGUGUAACCACUGUGGUCAACGAUAUCAUAUGGGUGGUCCUAUUUGGUCGGCCCCUAUACAUUCGUCAGAAUUUGUUAAGCAAGUUCUAGACAGUGCUUCUGAUAAAUUAAAGACGUAUAAACGCAUUCAAGGAGUUUUAAGUGUGGUAUUGGAAGAAAUUAGUGAUAGCCCUUUGUAUUUUACUUUGGAAAAAUUGGCUGGAACACUUCAUGUUGAAACACCACCAAUGAUGGCUAUAAGAUCCGCGAUUUUAAAUGCAGGUUAUCAAGUAUCUUUUACACAUACAAAUAAGACUGGUAUAAAAACAAACGCUCCAGCUACAGUUAUAUGGGAUAUAAUGCGUUGCUGGGAAGCCAAACACCCUUCUAAGAAAAAAAAUAUUGAAGGGAGUGUUGCUCAACGCAUUUUAUUAACGAGUCCCGCCAAGAUGCAUUCUUUUGAUAUUCGAAAUGAUGCCAAUCCCAUGUCGAGACGAAUGGGCUAUGUGCGCUUUCAAGAAAAUCCGUUACCCUAUUGGGGUCCAGGCACAAGAGCGACCGCAAUGAUCGGAGAAUAUAAAAUGGCAAAAAGCAAACAAAAUCAGGGAAAAAGAAAACGCGAUAACUCGGAAGAGAACAAAUAAAAAAUGUUAUUUAUUUUUUUGUAUAUCGAUUUAAAUAAAAGACACUGGUACGAUUAUAUUUAAAAACAUUAUUUAUUUAUUACUACUUAUUUUAACUAAUCGUAAGUGUAAUUAUGUUUAAUGCGAGCUUUUGUUUGUUAUUUUUAUUACGAUUCACGCACACUUUCAAAAAUCAAUUUUGCGUAUGUUCUCGUAGCACAGAUUUUUAAAGAUGCGCAUGAGCUAAGGAAAAUCUAACGAUGAGGACAAGCUCUUUAAAAAAUUAUGUUUACAAGUUAAUAGCAAUAACGGGGCGAUAAGGGAUUUAUCUUUAUGCUAUGUUUGUAGAAUUGUAUUCUAUUUCUGAAAUAAAGGUACACACUAUUAUGUAUGCAGCAUAGGUACAAGUAAACAAUUAUACAGAAAAGAAGAUUUUCAACUUUUGAACUAAAACAAAAUAUA